GACGGGGUUGGCUCUCUCAAAGCAUGCCCGACUCGCCCGCGCGCGUCCUCGUCGUCUACGGCUCCGAGGGCGGCAACGCGCGCCGCGCCAUCACAAAGUGCGUCCGCGCGUGGGAGCGGGAGUGCGACGGCAGCUACGCCGUCGAGCGCGUCGUGGCGGGUUGCGAGCUCGACUGCCCCGUGGAUGAGCUCGCCUCGCGCUACGAGGUGCUCAUCGUCGCAACCUCGUCCUUUGGCGAGGGCGACCCGCCGGAGAACUACCUCCCCUUCCUGCUCGGCCUGCUGCGCGCAAAGGAGGCGGCGGCCCGAGGCGGCGGCGGCGGCGGCCCGCCGCUGCGGGGCCUGCAGCACGCCGUCCUCGGGUUUGGGCAGUCCGUCUUCGCGACGUACCAGAACUGCCCGCGCUGGACCGACAAGCUGCUUGGCGAGCUCGGGUCGCGCCGCUUCGUCCGGCGGGUCGAGGUGGACGAGGCGAACGACGAGGCGCCGGCGGACGAGGGCGGCGACUACUUCGGCUCGGGCGGCGCGGGGAGCGUUCGCGACGUGGGCGCGCUGCCCGAGGGGGCGCUCGACCCGGACGCCGGCCUCGAGCGGCGGCGCGGCGUCGACCGCUUCCGGUUCGAGGUGCAGUGGGCGCUGACGCACGCGCGGGACACGGCGGGCGAGCCUCCUGUCUGCGGCUGGGGGCGGAACUGCUCGAGGCGGCCGCACUCCUCCGCGCACGGUGAGAGGAAGGAGGAGCCAGCGCGGCCCGAGGUCGUCCGCGACAGGGCCCUCCUCGCCGGCCCUCUCCUUCGGCUCCUCCUCGCGGGCGCGGCGGCCGCCGCCGCCGCCGCCGCCGCCGCCGCCGCCGCCGGGUACGAGCUGCGGCUCGCGUGGUGAGAGGCUUGCGCAGGCGGCACGCACUCCUCGCCCUCCGGCACUGAGAGCGAGCGUGGCGGUGCGAGCGCGUCCGCGGGCACGACUGAGACAGUGCCCGCCUUCGCCGUCGCUUCCCUAGCUUCCGAAUCCGAAGGUCUCGUGUGUGCACUCAGUUCUCUCUCUUGCAUGAGGACGAGGUCACUGCACGCGUGCGAGUCUGUGGUGGGAUCCAUGCGCAUGAUUGAUGUCUCCGAUGUGGCGCAUAUUGCAUGCACGACCUGAUGUCAGGGUGUCGGCCAUUAUCUAC